AUGUACGCCAAUGCGAAGGAUUUCAGCAGAGGAGAGACAGAGAGCACUUUGCAUCCAUCCACAAUAACAGCCAACGUCGAUUUUCAGCUAGCUGGUGGAAGGAUCAUGCGGCAGCGCCGAGGCUACAUCGGAGUGCUGGCUCCGUUCUGUGUCCUGGUCGUCUUCCUCUUGCUCACGCUGACCGCCUCCUACAAGCCUGUCAUCGUGGUCCACGGCCUCUUCGACAGCCCUUCCGACUUUGGAAUCCUGUUGGACUAUAUCAAUGAGACCCACCCAGGAACCAACGUGACGGUUGUCGAUUUGUUCGACCGCACUGAGAGCUUGAAACCGCUUUGGAUGCAAGUGGAAGGGUUCAAAAGAGUCAUGUACCCCAUUAUGCAGAACGCUGUCAAUGGAGUCCACCUCAUCUGUUACUCACAAGGAGGACUGAUCUGCCGCGGCCUCGUCUCCACGAUGCCCGAUCACAACGUGGAUACCUUCAUCUCUCUCUCUUCCCCACAGAUGGGGCAGUACGGGGAUACCAAGUACCUGAAAUGGCUCUUUCCCCAGCACAUGAAAUCCAAUCUAUAUCGCUUGUGCUACACACAACUGGGCCAGGGUUUCUCUAUCUGUAACUACUGGAAUGAUCCACAUCAUCGAGACCUUUACCUCAACAACAGCAAUUUCCUGGCCUUGCUGAAUGACGAAAAGCUGAAUCCUAACGCUACAACCUGGAAGAAGAACCUUCUACGGAUUCGGAAAAUGGUUCUGAUUGGGGGUCCGGAUGACGGCGUCAUCAUGCCAUGGCAAUCCAGCAUGUUUGCCUUCUAUGAUAAUAACGAGACUGUGAGGGAAAUGAAGUCCCAAUUGGUCUACCUUGAGGACACCUUUGGUCUGAAGACCCUGGAUGCCCGCGGUGGCAUUGUUUCCUACAUAAUGCCUGGCGUCUCCCACACGUAUUGGCACUCCAAUCGCACCGUCUUUGAAAAAUGCGUCGCCCCAUGGCUGACGUAGCUGGUGGGCCCCCGGAGAAGAGAUAGCGGAGGAGCGAGCCCUCCAGGGGAGACGUGUGACAUUCUUACCUCGCCUUGGUACUUCUGCUCCCACAGAGAAGAGUCCCUAUUUGUUACCUGUAGUUUUUCUAGGAUGGUUGAUAACUUUCUUUUAUAGUGGAAGAAGCUUUUCUGUGGGAAUUUGGGGGUGGGGGCCGGCAGCUCUCUGGUGGGUUCCAGAAGGGCUGCACUGUGGGGACAGGAGGCAUGGCUCUUUCCCGCUCUUUUGUCAGGUUUGAGCUAUCCAAGCGACAGUUGGGAUUUCUUUGCAGAGGAGAACUGCAAAAAAGGAACUGCUCCACAGGAUAUAAUAUCCAUUGGACUUUUUUUUUCAUCUUAAGAAGUUGAAUUUGGCAGAGACACUGAGGAGAAGGAAUUUGAUUCUGUUCAAAUGUCGAUCCGUGGCAGAAACCGUAUUUUUCGUUCCCAAACUGUGACAGAAAUGUAUAUGGAAGUUGUAGAAAUUCUUCUCCUUCCACCUACCCCCUCUGGUUGAAAUGUUGGGCCCUGCAAACUUUGCCACAAACUCUGAGAGAGUCUUUUAAAUUGUUCAGAUCACCCCCCCCCCCAAUAUCCCAUUUGACUUCAGUAACCUCAGAGUUUAGUGAAUCGAAUUGUGUGUCUAAACUGACUUAAAUUUUUUAUCCAUUUUUUUCUCCUCCUCCUCCCCUCUUUUAGAAGCACAUUUUCAAGAUCUCAGGAUGAUGAAAGAAAAUUGAUUUACUCCAAGAAAUUUCAUAGCCAGUUCCACCUGUUUCAAAAAAACAAACAAACACCCCUGUCUACUUUUAAGGGACAGCUGCUGAUUUGAGGGACUUUCUUGAGGGGGAGCCCCUCAUUCUUGAAGGGAAAAUUUUUAGAGCUUUCAUGUUUUUGACAGUAUUAAUUCUCUUUCAUCCAGGUACGAUACAACCUAAGCAAUAGGACUCAGGUGUUAACUUUAACCUCAAAAUGGGGUAAGGAGAAGGGGUAAAGAGAAGGGAAUCCUGGGGAUUCCAGACGGUUGCGUGUGAAGUCGACCUUGGUGGGAUUUGGGAUAAUCUUUUGUAGUCAGAAACUUUAUUCUUGCAAAUAAAGGAAAUGUAGAGGUGUUGUGUACGUUACACAGAACCAAGCGAUAAGAGUGAGGUAGCGGA